AUGGAAGCAUUGUCUUUCAGAAUCGCAUUCAGAACGCUGCUAUCGUGUCGAAUAGCUCGUGCAUAUUAUCCGUUAUUUAAACGACAGAAAAGUAGUACAACUAAAUCUGACUUUCGUGAUCGAUCGUUAUACAAAUAUUUUGUCGAUUUUCAAACACGAUGGCGUGACAAUGAUGUUUAUAGCCAUGUCAAUAAUGCUGUUUAUGGUGAAUGGAUCGACUCAAUUGUCAAUAAAUAUUUAAUUGAAAAAUGUUCACUUGAACCAUUGAAAUCUCCGUUGAUAGGUUUUGUUGUUUCUUCUCANGACAGAAAAGUAGUACAACUAAAUCUGACUUUCGUGAUCGAUCGUUAUACAAAUAUUUUGUCGAUUUUCAAACACGUCAUUAGAUGGCGUGACAACGAUGUUUAUGGCCAUGUCAAUAAUGCUGUUUAUGGUGAAUGGAUCGACUCAAUUGUCGAUAUGUAUUUAAUUGAGAAAUGUUCACUUGAUCCGUUGAAAUCUCCAUUAUUAAGUUUUAUUGUUUCGUCUCAUUGUAAUUAUUAUUCUCCUAUUUCUUAUCCAUCGAAAAUUGCAGCUGGAUUAUUUGUGAAACGAAUAGGGAAAUCAUCUGUCGAUUACUGUGUUGGCAUAUUCGAAAAUCGUCGAUCAGAACAGGCUUCAGUUGUUGGUGGUUUCACUCAUGUUUUUGUUGAUCGAAUAAAUCAUCGUCCUCAACCGUUCGAUGAUGAAAUGAAAAAACAAUUUCUAUCCAUAUCACAUAUAAAUCAUUAA